GGGAGGAUAAGCAUGUGGGUAUUGCGACUCGCAAGAGGGGGGUUGCGAACGAGGUGUUUCUUUUUGUUUCUUUCUUGCAUGUGCAAACUGCAGCCGUGUGCUGGAGCUGGAGCCAUUACGCCGGUCUUUGGGUUCUUUCACUUUUUUUUCUUCAUCCUCCAUGAGGAGGAAGCGGAGAGAGGGGCCGUCAUGAUACCUGGGUUUUCUCUUUCUUUUCUUUUCUUUCUAUCUUUCGUUCUUUUCGUUCGUUCUUUUCGCGUGAGAAGCUCGUACUACUGCUCGAGUACUCUACUCCAGCAAAGCUUACAAAGCUCCGUGAGCUGCAGCUAAACAGAUAGACAGAUAGAUGAUAGACAGAUAUAGAGAUAUAGAUAGCUGUAACGAUACAGCUGUAGCCACGGCGCACGCAGAUCAUCCUUCUCCGGCUACUAGUUACUGGUUACCUAGUAGAGUGUCCAAGGCAGCGCAGGGGGAGAAUGUUCGCCUGUCCUGAGUGCCCAGUGCCCAGUGCCCAGUGCCCAAUGCUCGUUGCAUGUGGCUUCACCACGAGAUACCUAGAAUCUCGAUACCUACGGUACCUAUGUCUAUAUGUGUCCUUACCUACCUUACUAUGUGACUAUUAUAACUGCCG